AUGAAUCUCUUCCGACUAUGUGGCGAUCUCUCGCACCUGUUCGCCAUGCUGAUCCUUCUCGCCAAGAUUUGGAAGUCAAGAUCAGUCUCUGGCAUCUCCGGCAAAUCCCAGGUGCUAUUUUUCCUCGUCUUCGUGACUCGUUAUUUGGAUCUUUUCACUGUCUUCAUCAGUCCGUAUAAUACCUUCAUGAAAUGCGUCUACUUGCUUUGCUCCUUCGUCACGUGCUUCUUCAUCUACUCGAAAUUCAGAUCUACUUAUAACGAAGAAGGCGAUAAGUUCCGAAUUGAGUUCAUCCUCGUUCCCGCCGUCGGCAUGGCCUUCCUCGUCCACCACGAUUUCAACAUCACCGAGCUCUUGUGGACCUUCUCGAUUUACCUCGAAUCCGUGGCGAUCAUGCCCCAGUUGCAAAUGAUUGCCGAGACUGGCGAAGCUGAAUCCAUCACCAGCCACUACCUCUUUUUCCAAGGAGCUUACCGAGCACUGUACAUUGUCAACUGGUACUGGCGAUACACCCACGAGAACUUUGUCGACAAAAUCGCAGUCGUCGCUGGUUGCGUUCAAACUGUCCUGUACAUGGAUUUCUUCUACCUUUACAUCACUAAAGUUCUCUACGGUAAGCGACUCACAAUCCCUGGUGGCGGAUCGCAAGGUGUCUGA